UGGACCUCCGCCGCCCCGGCGCCUGGCCACAGUGCCCGCAGGGUCCGGAGGGUCCGGAGGGUGAGCAGGGACCAUGUCGGGCCGCUCGGUGCCCCACGCCCACCCCGCCGCCGCUGAGUACGAGUUCGCCAACCCCAGUCGCCUGGGCGAGCAGCGCUUCGGGGACGGCCUGUUCCCGGAGGAGCUGCUAACGCCCACCCUCUUCCACGGCUACUACGUGCGGCCUCGGGCGGCCCAGGCCGGGGCGGGCGGCUGCGGCGGGGUCUCGGAGCUGCGGCUCAGCGAGGGCAAGUUCCAGGCCUUCCUGGACGUCAGCCACUUCACGCCGGACGAGGUGUCCGUGCGGACGGUGGACAACCUGCUGGAGGUGUCCGCCCAGCACCCGCAGCGCCCGGACCGCCACGGCUUUGUGUCCCGCCAGCUGUGCCGGACCUACGUGCUGCCCCCCGACGUGGACCCCUGGAGGCUCCGCGCCGCCCUCUCCCACGACGGCGUCCUCCACCUGGAGGCCCCGAGGGGCGGCCGGCCCCUGGACACCGAGGUCAACGAGGUGCCCAUCUCCCUGAUGCCAGCCCCGCCCGACUCGGACCAGGACGAGGAAGGGGCUGGGCCCUGAGCUGGGCCUACUGGCUCCUGGGGACGGGGGCUGACCCUCAGCUGGGCUCACAUUUGC